UAUAGCCUAAUCAGAUAAUCAUAAUAAAUGUUUCUUUAGCAGUAAAUCAUCAUACAAUGAUUUCUGAAGGAUCAUGUUACACUUAAGAUAAUGUGGAAAAUUCAGCUUUAUGUCACUGGAAUAAAUUAUAUUUUAGAAUUAACAUAACAUUGCUAAAUUGAAAUAAUAUGUCAUAAUUGUACCUACUGUAUGACUAUUUUGAUCCAAUAAAUUGAGCUUUAGUGAGACUUUUAGAAACAUGAAAAAUACAAACUUUUGAAACUUUUUUUCGCGCAGUUUUAUAGCUCACAAUUCAGACCUUUUUGCUCGGAAUUGUUUGUUUGUUUCCUGCUGCGGAAACGCGUGAUGUGAGCUUUUAUAAAGACACGCAUCUGAUACAUAAUUAGUUAUUUAUUCACAUUUUAUUCAACUAAUUUAAAUAUAGCUAAAAUUUGUUAGCCUAUAAACAUCUCUGUGGUGGGUCAUCUCUGGUUGAAAUAUUCAAGGCACAGGGUUUAAAAGUAGCCUACAAAUUCCCUAUAACAAUUCUCCAUUUGCUAAAAUACAUUACUCAAAAUUUGUCUUCUUUAUUUUUACUUCAUUAAACUAAAUAACGUAAAGGCUUCAGUCUUUUUGUGUACUUAAUUAACUUUACACUAUAUAUAUGGGUGUGUUUAAUUUAGGGUGAAAAUGGGCUACAUUCCACCAUUUGCCCUGGUGCAUUUAUUAUUUGCACCUUGAAUGGUUAACUCGUUUGUAUAAAACAAAAUCGGCCCGAUGUUUUAGACAGCUAUUUUUUAAAAACUAUAUAAAUCAACAAUUAACCUCAUUCUUGUUGCAACUGCCAAUGAAUGUAUUUUUUUUUUUUAGAGGAAUAGCUUAAGAAACCACCCCGCCAUUAUCACCUCGUUUAUAUGAACAGCACUUAAUGGAAUGCAGCAUCUUUAGAGCCAUUGAGAGCUACAGCAUGGGUAUAAAUGGGGUCUGAUCUUCUCAGUGUUCAGUGUGGUGUGGUGUGGACCAGGAGCUCAUCAUGACUAACAUCGAGAACGGAGGACUCAGCGGAGCACGCGCAGAAAGGUCAAGAGCUCCGAGAGGGAGUUACAAAAGAUACAUUUCAGGAACUUACAUCGGACUUGUUGCUUAUGCCAUUCAAGAUUCACCAGACAAGAUGCUCACAUUCAAACAGAUAAUGAAAAAGCUGGAACCAUUUGUCCUCGGAAACAAAAAAUGCGUUGAGAACAACAUCAGAGUCUGUCUUUCAUCAAAUAGGUGUUUUGUAAAGGUGCCAGUCGAUCCGAAUUAUCCAAACCCUAAAAAGAACUUCUGGAAAGUGGAUGAAAAUGGCAUUACUCCAAAAAUGUUUCGCCGACAUUUCAAAUAUCUAAUCAACAUAUUGCCUGGCCUGUCGAUUCAGACACAGCAGGUGAAGGAGUGUGGAAACAAAUCUUAUGCUCCUGAGCCUCUUAUUCCAGCCUGCAAGGUCACAGAAAACAAAAGUGAGAGCAAAUUUACAGGCCCCUUUUCCAUAGAAUCACUAUUGAAGAGCGAGCGUGAUGUGAAGCGUUUGGAGGAGCAUCCACACUACACAGACACACAGCGAGGAACAAACAAGAGAAAACACAUUUAUGAAUAUGAAGCUGUGAGGUAUUAUUACCCAGUUUCAGCAGUAGGAUGUGAACUGGCCCCAGUGAAAAGACCUCGUCUCUCUUCAGGACCUCAGUUCGGACGAUUUCCUCCUCCACAUGUCACAUAUGAUCCACGAGUUCUCUUCAGCUCUCCUUCAAUGUAUGAUAUUAGAUAUUUCAGGUGGUAAACAGCUAGAAUGACCACAUGUAAAUAUGAUGUAAUCGCACUUCAUUUUUGUUGUUGUUUUUUAAAUAAAAACAAUAUC